AAACCCACCCACAAAAACCCUAACCAGAUAUCUCCUGAUCCAUUGAUUGCUGUUGUCCGCUUGAAUCAAUGGCCUUGUCGAUAAUCCACUGCCCCCAAACCCCUAAAUUUCUGCCCAAUGGUCGUUUUCUCAAAUCCCGUGCGCUUCCGCUUCGCCCUACAUUUCUUAGGUUUUCCACAUUUCAGCCACGUAGCAGCAGAAGAUUUAUUUGCGCGGCAUUUUCUGCCGCCGGAAGUUCUGGUUCAAACAGCGAUGUGAACCCAUAUGAGGUUCUUGGUGUAAACCCUCUUGAGGGAUUUGACAUGGUCAAGGCAGCUUACUCGAAAAAGCGCAAGGAUGCCGAGAAGAGAGGUGAUGAAGCUGCUGCAGCUCAAUUGGAAAAGGCGUAUGACAAAAUCAUGAUGUCUCAGUUGAAGAAACGGAAGCAUGGUGAAACAUUUGGUUCGUUUAAGGUUUCAAAAGAUAUAAAGUAUGCUGAUAAGCUGCCAGUUGUUCCAUGGGGACCAAGGUUUACCAAAUCUGAGACCAAAGAUAUUCAAAUCAACAUGGCAAUUUCAGCUCUCUUUACAGCUUGGAUAUUUAUCAUGCGAAAUGCUGAAUACAAACCUUUGCAAUUUUUGGCAUUUGUUUUUGUCUAUCGGAUAUUUGAGAAGUUAAAAGCAAGUGAACCUUCUGCAUCUCCAACAUUUAGCGAAGAAGGUGAGGAUGAAGGGCGGAUGUUGAGAAUGGGUAAAAGGCUUCUCCGAUCUCUUUCACUGGUUUUCGGCUGUUUAGCUUUUGCCUCUCUGGUAAGUGGAAUGAUCCAAGUUCUGAUCAUGUAUUAUGUGGUGUUUAAGUGGGUUGCUGAAAGUCUUGACGUCUUCUCAUGCGAGUUUCUCCAUGGCGACAUUAAUCUUGUUCAGUUUCAUAGUUUUGUUCUUAUCGGUAAAAUUUCAAUUGUCUUCAUGUGGUGUAGUUUACUGUAUAACAUCUCUAUUAUAAACAUGCAGGGCUACACUGGUGUUCUAAACGUGAUCGAAUAUGCAGCUGGCUUUGUACCUGUUUUCUUGUACAACAACCAGGUAAUAGCCACUCCCAUGUUAUCAUGAUGAGUGUAUUUGUGAUUGAAUUUCUUUGCACUUCUUAAAAUGUUGUGAUAUUUAAUGAGUUAGAGUGACACUUAGUCCCAUGUUUUAAAACGCACUAUAUCAGAAGCAUCUUCAAUUCGUUGUGGAUUUGCUAUUCUGAACUGGAAAGUGGCUUUACAGAGCAGUCGACCUAUAGAUCAUAUGCAUGCAAGAAAUUUGGCAUUCGACUGAUCCAGUAAAUUUAAACUUAUCAUUGAUUGCAGAUCAGGAUUAAGUUUUGUACCAAUACAUUUGGGAAAUGUUUUCAGCUAGAUUUAUGUCAAGGCAAUUUGUUUUUAGCUAAUAAAGGUAUACUUUAUGUAAAACAACAUCUAAUCUUUUAGCAAGUAACAAUUCUUGAUAUAAAUUACAGUAUUCUGAUAAUCUAAUUGGCAAGUAGUAACCAAUAAGAUGCUCUAUUGUAGAUAAUUCCAUUAUUAAAUUAUAAAAACAAUAAUUAUUAAUUAAAAAAAAAAAAAAACCUGCCAUACUGUGAUGUUCUAUAUUAAGUCUUACUUGCGGAAACUUCUUUUUGGUGCUUCCUGGUUGAUAAUUCCCAUCUCAAACAGAUCGGUGUUCCAGAUUUUUUAGCGAGUGUUUACCUUAGAUGAAAGUUGGUGAAUUUCUCUGUACUGAGAUUUUAGUUCAAAGACAAUAUAAUGGACUGCUUUGGUCAUAAUGUCUGAUUAAUGUGCUUAAAAUGUCCACCAUUAACAUACUUUUGCUCGAGCCCAGCUAAUCCAUUAAAUAGAACUAACACUAUUCAGCAUUUUCUAGAAAACUUAAUAGAUUAACUGAAUAUAUCUAUAUAGUAACACUAAAUACAAUUAGCAUCCAUCUCACCUUGCAAGUCUUGCAUGGUGACUCUUCAUUAGAUCAUUUGCUCUGGCCUUUAUCUGUUUACUUCCCAUUUUAUGUCAUGCCGGCUUACAAUAAUGUGAAGGCACAAUGAGGCUGAUAUUAUCUUAUGAUUUUUCUUAGAUAUAGUCUGAACCUGAGUACAUACUUGGAGCUAAUGCAUUAAGCAUUCUGUUAGGAUAGUCAUGAUUUAAUCUCUGAUCUUUGCUGUAGUGAUUGUGAGAGUUUCCAAUUGUGUCCUGAGAUAAUUACAGUGUAGGAUUCUUUUUUCUACUCUUUAGAUGAUAACUAAUGCUUGUACUCAGAAAAUUACAAUCACCGGUUUAUGGUCAUUCAGGAAUUGCUCGUGACUGCAUCAUCAGCGCUCAUGCUCUACAUCCUAGCUUCCUACUACCGGUGAGCUUCCACUCUUUCCGGAUUGGCGGUUGAUGGAUUUGCUUCCAUUGGCAUUCACUAGGGCAGCAAAUUCUGUGGUAGGUGAAGAUCAAAUGUUAUUAGUGCCAAGCAAUUGAGGAAAGCAACAGAUUUCAGUUUUCUGUAUAGGAUUUUAAAUUUUGGAACUAGAGUGAUGUUUUUUUUGGCCAUAAAUCCUAGAGAAAAUCAAGUUAAAAUAGACAUGUUCAGAGACAAUAUAGGAAAUGAUAAUAACUGAAUUAAGCUCUUUUUUGUCCUCUCUCAAACAACGAUUGCUAUUUGUAGUCUGAAAUUCCAAAGUAAGUAAUACUUCAAUCAUGUACUAUUUCAUAA